AUGAUGCUCAUUUCCGCUCUCAUCGUCGCAGUUGCGCUCUUCCAGCUGCCAGCCGCUGCUGAGACUUUCAACCAGCCCUCUAUCUUUCAAGACCUACCCGAUGUUGAUUUGAUCCGCGUUGAUGAUGCGUACUACUACUCCACUUCGACCUUCCACUACUCCCCAGGUGCCCCUAUCUUGAGGUCCUAUGACCUAGUCAAUUGGGAAUACCUCUCCCAUUCCAUUCCAUCCUUCGACUUCAACGACCCCAAGUUCAACUUGACAAAAGGAAGGGUGUACAACGGUGGAGUGUACGCUUCUUCACUUCGAUACCACAAAUCACAGAAGAAGUUCUACUGGCUCGGCUGCAUCCAGAAGAAUGGAAAGACCUACGUUUACACUGCCCCCAAGAUUGAAGGGCCCUGGACGAAAGCAUCGACUAUCUCGAAUUAUUGCUUGUACGAUGCCGGUCUUCUCAUCGAUGAUGAUGACACUAUCUACGUCUCGUCUGGACAAUGGACUCCCAACGGUGCCGAGUCUCAGACUUGGAUCUCGAAACUAGACGACUACCUACAAGUUGAGAAGAAAGAGUCUGUCUUCAAAUCUAACGAGGAGCUCGGAUACAUCGAAGGUUCUCGCUUCUACAAGAUCAACGGUACUUACUUCCUUUGGUUGACGAACCCAGGUGUCGGCAGAGGUCAGAUCAUUGUCAAGUCCAGUGUUGAUGUCUGGGGCCCGUAUCACUCGUGGCACCGUGUACUCAAGAACAACGGAAAGCCUAUCGAGGGUAGUGGAUCGCCUCAUCAAGGUGCUUUCGUCGAGACACCCGAAGGUGACUAUUGGUACAUGGCCUUUGUGGAGCUCGGAACAAGCGGACGGUUCCCUGUUGUUGCACCCCUGGAAUGGGAUGAGGAGGGCUGGCCCAAUGUUGAUAUUGACAGUAACGGCAACUGGAAGAGUUCUUACAAUUAUCCAUUACCAAGACGAAAUGUCGAACCUGUUGAAGGAGCAUUCGAGUUCAAGGGAUCAAAACUCCCACCUCGUUUCGAGUGGAACCAUGAUCCGAACAACGAGAAAUGGACCACUGGACCAGAAGGGCUGAUAUUGCAUACAGCUACUGUCACUGAUGACUUCUUCUCAGCGCAGAACACACUGACGCAUAGCAUUCUUGGCCCGCAGUCUAAUGUCACGAUUGAGCUUGACUAUUCCUCCAUGGCAGACGGGGAUCGUGCGGGUCUGGCGUCACUAAGAUAUGAUGCUGGCUGGAUCGGAAUCGCCAAAGAUGGUGGUUCAACAACACUCCAAAUGGUUGACAAUUCUGAAAUGGAUCCUUCUAAUAACUUUGUCACUGUCUCUAAAGGUAAAGUCAUUACAAGCAGGUCUAUCUCCGGUGGAAAGAUCUGGCUGCGCUGCCAAAUCUCAACGGUGUCCCCUAAUCACUCAACCUUCUUUUAUACCAUGCAGUACCCACCUGCCGGUCAUACCCACCUACCGGUCAGCGAAAAAAAAAAUCCCCCAUACAUAAUGCACUUUUUUAACCUCAUGGGAAAACCGUAA